ACAAAUUCAGAAGGCCUCAGCCAUGGAGCGCGUUCAGGUCACGCCGCGGAGUUACCCCACAAACCUCAUCAACAAAGACUGGGCGAACCGCAAACACUUGUACAGGAAAGACUCCGAUCAUUUCCUGAGCUUGGUGCACGAUAUGCAGCUCAGGGAGGAUGAUGUGUGGGUAGUAACUCUGCCAAAAUGUGGAACCACUUGGAUGCAGGAGCUAGCGUGGCUGCUGCUCAACGACUGCGAUUUUGCCGGGGCAUUGGCCAAGGAUCAAGAGCUAAGGAGUCCAUAUCUGGAGUUCGGAUUCUCCAUCCAUGGGGAUGUGCAAAGAUCUUUCGGGCCCAUCGAGGAGCUGAAAUCUCCGCGACUGAUCAAAUCGCAUCUUCCCCUGGCUCUACUGCCCUCAAAACUUUGGGAGGGACGGCACAAAGUGAUCUAUGUGUUCCGGACUCCCCUAGAUCACUGGGUAUCUCGCUACUACCACGGGGUGACAUUCGGUUUCAAUUUUGGGAAAACUUUACACCAGUACUUUGAUGAGGUCAUAGCCGACGAUGAUUUUGCAACGGAGAUCAUUGAACACGCUCACGAAUUCUACCAGCUGAGAGACGAGCCCUGGGUCUUCUAUACUAGUUUUGAGAGAAUGAAGAAAGAUCUGCGCGGAGUGAUCAAUGAUGUCUCUAGGUUUUUGAACAGGCCCGUUGACGAACAACAAAUGCAGAAACUCCUCAAGCACUUGUCUUUCGAGGAGAUGAAGAAGAAUCCAACAACGAAUCAUCGGUGGGAGUUGGCUCAAGUUAAGCACGAAAAUGCCCGCAAGGAGCAGCACCCAUUUGUGCGUCGUGGAGAUGUCAAUGGCUACAAGGAUGAACUGACUCCCGAACAAAUUGAGAGGGCCAACAUCUGUUUACAAAGGGUUCUCGAGAAGAACUCUGUGACGAUGCAGGAACUGCUGCUCCAAAGUGAUCCCUAAGAUAAAGAUGAGAUUAGAAGUGCAACGCUCUUUGGGAAGCUCUUCUAACUUGUGUAGAUUAAUGUUUAUGAACAAGUCAAAAAAAGUGCUUUGAAAAUAAUGCGUGUACGUGUUGAUGAUGAAUAAAUAACACUAAGAAUAGAAA